GCCGCCGUGAUGAAACGCCCAAACUUCCUCGUCAUCGUCGCGGACGACCUUGGCUUUUCGGACGUGGGUGCAUACGGCGGAGAGAUCAGGACCCCCAAUAUCGACAGACUUGCCAAGGGAGGAACCCGAUUCACUGACUUUCACGCUGCCUCUGCCUGCUCUCCGACGAGAUCGAUGCUGCUGAGCGGCACCGAUAAUCAUAUCGCUGGCUUGGGGUCGAUGGCCGAGGAUAUGCAAGACAACCAGAAAGGCCAGCCAGGGUACGAAGGGUAUUUGAACCACCGAGUUGCUGCUCUGCCAGAGCUCCUCCAAGACAAUGGCUAUCACACCCUGAUGUCGGGAAAGUGGCACCUUGGCCUUACACCUGAUCGAUGGCCCUGUAGGAGGGGCUUUGAUCGCUCUUACACAUUACUGACUGGAGCCGCCAAUCACUUCGGCUGGGAACCCCAACUCCAGGAGGCUGAGGGAAAGCCUUCGAUUAUGUCAAAGAUCGACGUGUUCUAUGCAGAAGACGAUCAGCAUAUCGCCCCAGAAGACUUAGGGCAAGAUUUCUAUUCCUCGGAAAGGUUCACAAGCAAACUGAUUGAGUACCUUUCUGACCGCCGACAAAAUCAAGAGACUAAAUCCAAACCUUUCUUUGCGUAUCUCGCCUACAGUGCGCCGCAUUGGCCGUUACAAGCCCCCGAGCACGACAUUCUGGAUUACAGAGGCGUUUACGACGACGGCCCUGAAGCUCUUAGACAACAGCGGCUAGCGAGGCUGAAGCAGCUUGGUUUGAUUCCUCAUCAUACUGUUCCCCAUGACGUUAUUGCGGUUGGCGGGCAGAGCCUAUCCAGAGAAUGGAGCACGUUGAAUGCCGAAGAAAGACGACGCUCUUGUCGAACCACGGAGUGUUUUGCUGGCAUGGUACAGAAUAUGGACAGGCAAAUUGGACGUGUGCUCGACCAUCUGACACAGACGGGUGAGCUUGAAGACACAGUGGUGCUGUUUAUGUCAGAUAACGGCGCCGAAGGCCUACUCCUGGAAGCCAUUCCCCUGAUUAAAGGCGAUGUGCACGAUCAUAUCGCCAAAUACUAUGAUAAUUCCCUGGAUAACAUGGGUAAGAAGAACUCUUUCGUGUGGUAUGGGCCACAUUGGGCCUCAGCUGCAACAGCACCUAGCCGCUUAUACAAACUUUUCACCACGGAGGGUGGUGUGAGGGUGCCCCUUAUUCUCAACUAUCCGCGGCUGACCACUACGCAAGGCGGGAUUGACGGUUCCUUUUGUACAGUGAUGGACAUUAUGCCAACUAUCCUGGAUCUCGCUGGUGUCCAUCAUCCGGGAACAAUGUACAAAGGGCGGCCAGUUGUGCCCAUGCGCGGGAAGUCCUGGGUUCAGUAUCUGCGGGGCAUCACGACACAGAUUCAUCCCGAUGACUUUGUCAUGGGAUGGGAGCUUUACGGCAGGCAGGCCAUAAGACAGGGCGACUAUAAAGCGGUUUACAUCCCUAAGCCAUAUGGACCGGAGAAGUGGCAGCUCUAUAACUUGAGAGACGACCCUGGAGAAACCAAUGAUCUAGGGGAGCUGAAGCCCAGGGUUUUGAAAGCCUUAUUAUUGCAGUGGGAUCGAUACUCAAUGGAAGUGGGGAUGGUCGCAGGGGGGAGUAUGCCUUUUGUGAAGGCAGAGCUAUAACUCGAAGCAGAUCUCCUAGCGGUAUUUGUUGCUACAGACACCACGAUAGUUGAUAAUAGAGCAUCAUGCAAUGUAAUUUGAAAUGCUUGCAGGGGCCAACCCAAUAUUCAAAUAUCA